AUGUUUUUUCUUCUCUUCUCUUGUCUACUUCGACCGUCAGACGACCUUGUGUCGUGUUGUUGCUCCAGCGCCAAAAACACACGUUGUAAUUUUACACUUCGUCCGUCCCCUCCCGUCCCUGCGCGACCCCUUGUAUAUUCUGCUACUCUGCUACUCUGCUUCCCUCUCUCGCUUCUGCCCCCGCUUCUGCCUCGCUCCGCUCGUUCGUCCCGUUCCGCGUCUCUCUCUGUCUGUAUAUACUCUAUUCGACCUUUCCGGCGUGUACGGUUUCCUCUUUCGUCUCCCGGGCGUGCGUCGUGCUUCGUGCUUAUCCUCCCUGCCUUGGUUUGGCUUUGUGUGCCUGCUCUAGCUCUCCUGUGCCAUUAUAGCGUCAUCUAUACAAUUAUGCGAUCAUGCGCGUCUCGUCGUCUCUGA